AUGCCAACCAAAGGAAGAAAAGGCGAGAAGGAUGGUGGUUCAAAGAAAAGAAAAAUGGCUACCACACCAGAGCCAACUCCAACUGUUCCUCGGAAGAAAGAUAGCGUAAAGAAAUCAAGACUAUCAGACAAAGGUGACAGUUUGGCAACUGCCACCAUGCCUAGAAAGGCCUCCAAAGGGAAGAAAGAUACUCCAGCGACCACACCUGAUCCGAAGAAGAAGGAGGCAGAAUCUCUGAAAGUACCAGAUAAUACAGUAGAGAAGAAAGAAGACGCGAAGACUACAAAAUCGGCAUCUCCCAAACCACCCCGUCAAGAUUCAAUAACAGCGACAUCUGGCAACAACAGCAACCCUGAGACUGCAACGACUGAUGAUACAGCGAAAGCCAAUGACACCAAACCACCACUGGUAGCACAAACGCCGAAACCCGCUCCACAAAAAGAGACUCCCAGUCGAGGACGACCACCAGCACCCGCUGUUAAAACCACUAGUGAUCCCACCGUUGGGGCCCCCGAUUUAACGGCGUCGGGAAAGAAUCCAAAAAAGCCGACAAAGAGGCAAUCGCUGAAAAUAGACACUUCCAAGACAAAGUCGGAAAUUGGAGACAAAGGGAAGUCUCCAAGGCCUGAUGCCAAAAUGGAUAAUCAUCCAUACCAACGAGGAUCCGUCAUUGAGGUUUUGCAUGGGGUCGAAGAAAAUAGUGAAGAUGAGGAGGGUUGGUGGUCAGAGGAUUCCGAAGAAAAGAAAUUCGAGGACAAACCAGGGACUUCGGUACGCUUGUGCGAUGUGAUCGAUCGGGUGCCUCAUGGGGACAAGUGGAGGUAUUAUGUGCACUAUCGAGAUUUCAAUCGACGAAUGGACGAAUGGAUCAGCAUGGAAAGGAUCAUAUCUCCUCCUAGUGUCGGAAACGCAAAGGCACGGGCAAUCAAGCAGGAAAAGAAAAAAGAGGAACGGAAGAAGCAGCGGACAGAGGUUAAGAAAGAAGAGAAUAUAGAUGUGUCGGCUCCCAGGGCGAGUCGCCGACGUUAUUCUACUCAGCCUCCAGGUAGCGCGGAUCCCAGUCUGCUUGAUCUGGAUCCUGAAACGCCACGGCGGACUCGUCAUUCUCGCAAGAAGAGCAUUGAUGAGACCAUGGUUGGCUCUGUGACCUCCAAUGAGAAUACCGAACCGCAACCCGAACCUGUUGCCCCAGUCAUGGCGGCUGAAAAGGGAAUCGUAGCGCUGCCAACUCAGGCAGGUACUCAUACCACCACAGUUGGAGAACACGUGGUUCAUACCAUCUCGGCACAGGAAUUAGAUGAGCACGAAGGGCUGGACGAUGCUGCCUUGCGUGAACACGAGGAAGUCACCAAGGUCAAGAAUGUAGCCUUUUUGGAACUUGGAGCAUACCAAAUGGAAACUUGGUACUUUUCUCCUUUGCCGAAGGAGCUACUCUCGGAGCAAGGGUAUACAGAAGUCUUGUACGUUUGCGAAUUCACCUUCUCCAUGUUUGCACGAAAGAGCGAAUUACAGCGUUUCCAAGCUCGUCUACCAUCGCAAGAUAGGCAUCCCCCUGGAAAUGAAAUCUACCGUAGAGGAAACCUUUCCAUGUUUGAGGUCGAUGGUUUUCAAGAGCGCACUUAUUGCCAGAACUUGUGCUAUAUCGCCAAACUGUUUUUGGAUCACAAGACUCUGUAUUUUGAUGUGGAUCCAUUCUUGUUCUACGUCCUGUGCGAAGUCGACGAACGAGGCUUUCAUCCAGUCGGAUACUACAGCAAGGAAAAGUACUCGGACGUUGGCUACAAUCUUGCAUGUAUCUUGACAUUUCCCUGUCAUCAACGUAAAGGUUACGGCCGAUUUCUAAUAGCCUUUUCCUACGAGCUAACCAAGAAAGAAGAGAAAGUUGGGUCACCAGAGAAGCCCAUGUCAGAUCUUGGUCAACAGGCUUACAAACCAUAUUGGGCAUCCACGAUUAUUGAUUUCUUGAGAAAUGAAGUGUCAGAAUCCUCCAGUCUAAGCAUUAUGGAUAUUUCGAAACUAACAUCAAUUAUGGCCGAGGAUAUCGUCUUUACACUAAACCAGUUGGGAUUGUUGAAGAUUAUCAACGGCGUUUAUUUUAUUGCAGCAGAAGAAGGGUUACUCAGUACACUGGCAAAGAAGUACCCUGUGAAGGAACCUCGUGUCGAUCCAUCCUGUUUGCAUUGGACGCCAUAUGCUACGGACGUCAAACGUGACAAAUUCUCGAUUCACAGCAAGAAGCCCAACUUGGAAGCUGAUGAGAAUCGGGGGAGCGGAGGAUUCCCUUGA